UCUCUCUCCUUUUCAUCUUCUUUAACGCUUCUCUUUUCCAGAACUUGCUCUCUCUCUCUCUUUCUAUCAUCUCCUCACCGCUUCCUAAAUCUCUAUAGCGGUCUUCCUUCCCUCCUUUGUUUCCGGGCUGUUCCUUAAUCACUAUCUCUUUCUCUUUCUUCUGCCAUCGCCAAACCUUAUCUGGGUUUUGCUUCUUAUUUGGUGCACUGUGUCAAUUUUGUGUGUUUAUUGAGUAGUUUUGCUACUGACUAAUUUGAUUGAAAUGAUUGUGCGUAUCUCGAUUCACUGUUUUGUUUUUUUGCUUCGUCGGUGUAACAAUUCAGAGGUGAUUGUUUCGAUUGCAUUUAACUUGUCGUUUUGAUCAAUUGGGUUUGAUUCACUUGUCUAAUUGUUUUUGAUGUUUGAAUGCUAAUCUCCUUACUAUAGUCACUAUCUCCUGCUACUAGAUCUACAUGGGAAUUUGUUAAUCCAUUCUUUAUUUCAAGGCUAAAGUUCAUGUUUUUGGCAUUCAAAUGAAGUGAAUUUUGAAUUUUUCAGUUUUUUGUAUGGAUCUAAUGUGCAGUCACUUAAUGCUUUUUCUCGUUUACAGAAGAUUUAUAUGGGCUGAACUAGGAAUUUCAUGGGAGUUGUGGAGGAUACUGAACCUCCUUUGAAACGUGCUAAGAGGCUUGCUGACGAACCGAACGGCUUCUCCGCGAACUCGUCUGUUAGAGGUAGUAGUGUGAACAGCAACUCUUUGGGAGACCUGAUGGCAAGGCCUCUGCCCUCCCAAGGGGAUGACGAAACUAUCGGCUCCAAAGGGGUCAUUAGAAAAUCUGAAUUCGUUAGGAUUAUCACUAGGGCUCUUUAUUCUCUUGGAUAUGAUAAAACCGGGGCUAUGUUGGAGGAAGAAUCCGGUAUCUCUCUGCACAAUUCCACCAUUAAGCUGUUUCUGCAGCAGGUUAAGGACGGCAAAUGGGAUCAAAGUGUUAAAACAUUGCACAGAAUCGGUUUCCCUGAUGAGAAGGCUGUCAAGGCUGCGUCUUUCUUGCUCCUAGAGCAAAAGUUCUUGGAGUUUCUCAAAGUUGAAAAGAUAGCUGAUGCGCUACGCACCUUAAGGAAUGAGAUGGCGCCUCUUCGUAUUAAUACAAAGCGUGUUCAUGAGCUCGCUUCCUCCCUUAUAUCACCUUCAAGCUUUAUAUCACAUACCACUUCGACUCCAGGUAAAGAAAGUGUGAAUUCAAGGUCUAAGGUUUUGGAGGAACUGCAAACCUUGCUUCCUGCUUCUGUUAUAAUCCCAGAAAAGAGGUUGGAGUGUUUAGUUGAGAAUUCACUUCAUAUUCAGCGGGAUUCUUGUGUUUUCCAUAAUACUUUGGAUAGUGAUUUGUCUUUGUAUUCUGAUCAUCAAUGCGGGAAGCACCAAAUUCCUUCUCAGACUGCUCAGAUCUUGGAGUCACAUACCGAUGAAGUUUGGUUCUUGCAAUUUUCACAUAAUGGCAAAUAUUUGGCUUCAUCUUCCAAGGAUCAAACCGCAAUUAUAUGGGAGAUCAGCGCAGAUGGGCACAUUUCAUUGAAGCAUACACUUGUUGGCCACCACAAACCCGUGAUUGCCAUCUUAUGGAGUCCUGAUGAUCGUCAAGUUCUUACAUGUGGAGCAGAAGAGGUUAUCAGACGCUGGGAUGUUGAUUCAGGAGACUGUGUUCACAUGUAUGAAAAAGGCGGUAUCAGUCCCAUUUCUUGCGGAUGGUAUCCUGAUGGGCAGGGGAUAAUCGCCGGGAUGACAGACCGAAGCAUCUGCAUGUGGGAUUUAGAUGGUAGAGAGAAGGAAUGCUGGAAAGGUCAGAGGACUCAAAAGGUAUCAGAUAUAGCAAUGACGGAUGAUGGAAAGUGGCUCGUAAGUGUAUGCAAAGAUUCCGUGAUAUCACUAUUUGAUAGAGAAGCUACAGUUGAGAGAUUAAUAGAAGAGGAAGACAUGAUUACCUCGUUCUCGCUUUCGAAUGACAACAAAUAUAUCCUGGUAAACCUCCUCAACCAGGAAAUCCGUCUCUGGAAUAUUGAAGGUGACCCCAAGAUUGUGUCGAGAUACAAAGGCCACAAGCGUUCACGAUUCAUCAUCAGAUCAUGCUUUGGUGGGUAUAAACAAGCUUUCAUCGCUAGCGGAAGCGAGGACUCUCAGGUAUAUAUAUGGCACAGAUCUACAGGGAAGUUAAUAGUUGAGCUACCAGGCCAUGCAGGAGCAGUUAACUGCGUGAGCUGGAGCCCGACGAAUCUACACAUGUUGGCUUCAGCAAGCGAUGAUGGAACAAUAAGGAUAUGGGGACUUGACCGGAUUAACCAACAAAACCAGAAGAAGAAGCUAGUGCAAGGAAGUAGCAGUAAUGGUGUGAUUCACCGAUGCAAUGGGAAUUGAUUAUGAUAAAAAAAAAAGGAAUGACCUUCUUAAAACUAUUUAACAGUUAUGUUGUUUCUUCUUUCUUCAUCAGCCUCUUUUUGUUUGCUUCCUUUGGUAUGGAAAGCAAACGAAAGAAGGUAAAAGCUGUUUUUUUUUUUCAAAUUCUGAACCCAUAAGUGGAAGGAACAAAAAGGAAAAAGAAAAUGCAAUUUGCAACAUAAUUCUUCUAUUGAUGUUACAUUGUAC